AUGUCAAUUCAUAGCGGGGCCUUGGGCUCCCUUCAUCCACCUCGAAAUGUCCAGCAGAUCACCAAAGCUGCUCAAGACUACGAAUAUGAUGCUAAUAUUCCUCUCCGCUACUGGCUGCGAUCCGCUCUGGCCAUGCUGAAAGAGGCAGGGAUAUAUAUGCGUGAAGGCGACGAAGAAACAACAUAUCUCCUCCUCUUCCGACAUGCCCACCUCAUUCUCUCUCAAUUGCCAGCCCAUCCACAGGCACGAGACAAGGCGAAUAAGUUAUUUUUGAAGGAGGCGGAAAAGGAAGUCAACAGGAACUUCGAAGUUCUUGACCUGCUAAAGCCUCGGAUUAACGAGAGAUACGAUCAACAUAUAAAACUGGUAAAAGAGAGAGAAGCGAGAAGUCCUCAACUUCCGGACCAGUCUUCUAUCUCAUAUCCGACUCGACAGCCAGCACUAGAACAAAGAACGCAACCACUCCAAGCACAUGAACACAAGGACCUAGCAGUGAGAAUAGCCCAGAAAGAAAUAUCGAGAAGGGCCGCAAAUCGACAAGCCGCGUGGCCCUCGGGCGGCGAUGUGGAUGACCUUUCGCGGAGACUUCAAGAAAUUCGGGCUCGCGUUGAGAGAGCCACGUUGGAUACGGACAGUCGGACCCGGGCACCGUCAGCCAGCAGCUUGAGUUUCCACUAUCCUAGAAUCCCUUCACAUCAAGCUCAGCCAGUGCUGAUUCCUCCCGUGCCGCCCACACCACGUCGUGAGGUCCCGAGACAUAUUAUUCCGCUAUCUCCCCCAGCAGUUCCUCCCAAACCUGAUAUUGAGGUGACCGCACCACCAGCUCGGCCAGAAAAGGUGUCGGAGAAACUAGCGUCAAGGUCAGCAACGCCCGAACCGGUACAUAUUUUCGCUCCGGCUGCGUAUCUCGAAAACGGUACUCCGCUACGCACAGUUUUCUUACCACCAACAUUACGAACGACGUUCCUGCGAAUUGCCCACAAGAACACACUGGCGAACUUGGAAACUUGUGGAUUUCUCGGAGGCACGCUGAUUGCAAACGCUUUUUUCAUCAGCCGGCUGAUUAUUCCCUCACAAACGGCCACUUCGGAUACUUGUGAGAUGACGAAUGAAUCACAACUUUUCGAUUAUGUGGAUUCAGAAGACCUCAUGAUCCUGGGUUGGAUCCAUACUCACCCUAGUCAGACUUGCUUUAUGAGCAGCCGAGACCUGCACACCCAUGCAGGAUAUCAAAUGAUGUUGGCUGAGAGCGUGGCUAUUGUAUGCGCACCGAGUAAAGGAGACACGACACACGGUGGGGACUGGGGAGUUUAUCGGUUGACGGAUCCUCCAGGAAAGAGAACUAUUCUUAGUUGUGAUCAACCAGGUAUCUUUCACCCUCACGACGUUGAAAAUGUUUACACGGACGCGCUUCGACCGGGACACGUAGUUGAGGCUAAAGGAAUGGAGUUUGAGGUGGUGGACCUCAGAGACAAGUGA